GACACAAAGGGGGAAAGUAGCCUAUCUUUUGCGGUCUCGAAAGGAUGGUCGCUUGCUAGGUACAUAGACACCACGUUAGCAGCACAUAGCAUACACGUGUUAAUUUAUUCUGUUCGUCAUAUUCCCUCAAAAUGUCUAAAAUGCAGCUGUUGCAGGAUUAUCUAAACGAGCGGUUAACAGCAGCGGGUGUUGAGAUAUUUGGGGCCGUGGAAAAUACCAUAGCAGACUACCAGGAAGAAAUCUCCCGUUCAAAUGAGGAGAUCGAACGUCUACGGAGGCUGCUGGAUUUGGUUUGCAAACCUGACAUACAGAGACCAGACACCCAGCAGCUCAUUCUCCCUGUCCCUGAAGAGGAGGUUCUUGCUGAGAAGCAGCACUGUGAGCAGGAGUGGAGCCCCAGUCUGGGCCAGGAGGACCCAGAGCCCACUCAGAUUAAAGAGGAACAGGAGGAGUUUGGGACCAGUCAGGAGGAAGAGCAGCUUCAGGGGCUGGAGUCUGAUAUAAAAGAGUUCAUAUUCUCUCUUCCCUGUGUGAAAAGUGACUAUGAUCAGGACCCUCCUCAGCCCUUAUAUCUUUACCAAAACCAGACAGUGGAGAACAGAGAGAGGGACUCUCUUCCCACCAAAACAACUGAAGACAUCAAAACAGAACUUGAUGGGGAGGGCUAUGGAGUAUAUGAACCAAACAAUGAAUUAAAUCCCUUUUCUCCAAUAAAUUCGGAUCGUUCUGCAGCUCAUAUUGGGAACAGUGGCAAUGGGGUGGACAGUGGAGGACUGUCACAGUUACAGCCACUCAAAUCAAAGACAACAUGGACAAAUAAAGUACAAAGCUCUAUUAAGACCAGGGAAGCCAGUGAGUUGAAAGUUCCAUUGAGGGCGGCUCACUCAGGGGAGAGACCACACAGGUGUCCCGUCUGCAGGAAAUGCUUUCUGAAAAUUAGCAUUUUAAAAACACAUCAGAGAAUUCACACUGGGGAGAAACCAUAUUGUUGCAAUGUAUGUGGCAAGAGUUUCAGAGAGAAGAGAACCCUGACCAGUCACAGGCUGACUCACUCAGGGGAGAAACCAUAUCAAUGCAAAGAAUGUGGCAAAUGCUUCAGUCAAAAGAAAAUCCUGACCAUACAUAUGAGGACGCACACUGGAGAGAAACCGUAUCAGUGCAAAGAAUGUGGCAAAUGCUUCACUCACAGUGGAUCCCAAGCAGCACAUUUGAGGAUUCAUACAGGGGAGAGACCAUAUAAGUGCCCUAUGUGUGUGAAAUGCUUCAGAACAGCAAGUCAUCUAAAACGGCACCAGCGAAGUCACAGAGGAGAACAACCACAUUGUUGACUUUUUUUGUAGUAAACUCUUCACUUGUAAGAAUAACAUAGGGCUAGAUUCUAGCAGAGCCGUGUUUGCCGACAUCCGCAUAGCAGUUGUUUUGGCGGGGUCGAGUUGGAACUGCAUUAAGAGCUGUGAAAUCCACAAGCGGCUCCUUGUGUUGCCUUUUUGCAGACACUGGCAUUGGAUGCAAUGAAACCACACCCGCCUUUAUAUCCGACAAUUCCCAUACAGCCACGUUACAAAUUUAAACACUUGAAUGUGUGAUGUUCUAUUGUCUACACUUCAAUUAGACUGAUAGACUAUAAAUCCCCUAAUCCCGAAUGAACAUGAAAACAUGCAUUAGCCUGUCGUUAUUUCUAACAUCAAUAGAGCCUACACUUUAUCGCCAUUUUUCAACCUCUAACGUGUUGUCGAUAAUAAGGAAGGGAGAUGUUGGUGACACACAACAGUAGCCGCUCACCGAUUUGUCAGCUCAUAUUGCAGUUACACCGCCAAAACGCAGGGUAAUGCCCAAAGCCUCAAUCUAAUUGAAUCGAGGCCAUAGCGUACCGGUGUGUGGGUUAAAAAUGACAGAUUGGGACACUGAUAAGUGCCUAAAUUGCAACGCAUUGGCUGUACAGUAGCAUGCUAUACAGGACGUCAGAGCUCAAGCGUGGUUCAUACACAUUCUGACAGAUGACAUUUAACCAAAUUUCCAUGACCAAUAAUUGGUGGCAUCUCUAUAUAAACAUAACAAAUGUGGUAUUGACACUAACCAAUGUGUCAAAUAAUACAAAGCUUAUUUAUAACUUAUGACACAGACAAUAUAGUUUGAUUUAAAAUAAUAAACAUUGAUGAAUACAUUUUGUAUAGCAAUACCUUAACAGAUACAACAGAGAAAAAUAUGUUGAAAAAAAUAAUACAUAACAAGUGUAUUUUUUUGUGUCUGAAAGUCCAGGAGUUAAACACUCUCUCUCUAACACACACACACACACACCUGAACACAACCCUGAACAAGUUGUUUGUAAAUUUAACUUGCUAUUCACAUUUCUGACUGUCCAUGAGUUAAUCUCUCUUUCUUUCUUCCCACUGGUUUGUUCUCCUCUUCUCACAAUCUCCACAUACUGUUUUAUGUGCGGCCAGAGCAGUGGUCCGACACAUUUCCGUUUUCUAUCCAUCGGUACAUGCAGAAGUACAUGCUGGUGCUACAAUCUGUGGCUCUUACAAAGUCUUUUAUGUGCAGGGCAAUUGUGAAAAAGCCAGUAAAGACUUGUUCUACAUCCCAGUCAGCGGCUUUGCAUCCAUUCCGGAAUGAGUAAUGCAGGAUGUGCAAUCCACAGGAUUUAAUGUUGAUCAGCGAUUUGUUGACAUCUCAACAUAUACUUCUGGAGUAUGUUGAACACAGUGGCGGUCUGUGCCAUUUAAGUUGAGGGAGGACGAUUAUUUGUUUUAAUGAGCGUGGCCAUAUUUCUAUUACAGCAUAUUGGAUUACUCUCAUUCAUAUUCCAUUCACUCAGCUCAAUGUAACAUUGACUUUUCCCUAUACCCAUCAUGAGGUUGCUACAACCUAGCCAAUGAAUGAAAGUUUACAACAUACAUUGAGGGGAAAAAAGUAUUUGAUCCCCUGCUGAUUUUGUACGUUUGCCCACUAACGAAGAAAUGAUCAGUCUAUAAUUUUAAUGGUAAGUUUAUUUGAACAGUGAGAGACAGAAUAACAACAACAAAAAUCCAGAAAAACAUGUAAAAAAAAAUAUAAAUUGAUUUGCAUUUUAAGGAGGGAAAUAAGUAUUGACCCCCUCUCAAUCAGAAAGAUUUCUGCCUCCCAGGUGUCUUUUAUACAGGUAACGAGCUGAGAUUAGGAGCACACUCUUAAAGGGAGUGCUCCUAAUCUCAAUUUGUUACUUGUAUAAAAGACACCUGUCCACAGAAGCAAUCAAUCAGAUUCCAAACUCUCCACCAUGGCCAAGACCAAAGAGCUCUCCAAGGAUGUCAGGGACAAGAUUGUAGACCUACACAAGGCUGGAAUGGGCUACAAGACCAUCGCCAAGCAGCUUGGUGAGAAGGUGACAACAGUUGGUGCGAUUAUUUGCAAAUGGAAGAAACACAAAAGAACUGUCAAUCUCCCUUGGCCUGGGGCUCCAUGCAAGAUCUCACUUUGUGGAGUUGCAAUGAUGCAAUGAUCAGCUCAAGGCAGCUGGGACCAUAGUCACCAAGAAAACAAUUGGUAACACACUACGCCGUGAAGGACUGAAAUCCUGCAGCGCCCAAAAGGUUCCCCUUCUCAAGAAAGCACAUAUACAUGCCCGUCUGAAGUUUGCCAAUGAACAUCUGAAUGAUUCAGAGGAAAACUGGGUGAAAAUGUUGUGGUCAGAUGAGACCAAAAUGGAGCUCUUUGGCAUCAACUCAACUUGCCGUGUUUGGAGGAGGAGGAAUGCUGCUUAUGACCCCAAGAAUACCAUCCCCACCGUCAAACAUGGAGGUGGAAACAUUAUGCUUUGGGGGUGUUUCUCUGCUAAGGGGACAGGACAACUUCACCGCAUCAAAGGGAUGAUGGACAGGGCCGUGUACCGGCAAAUCUUGGGUGAGAACCUCCUUCCCUCAGCCAGGGCAUUGAAAAUGGGUCAUGGAUGGGUAUUCCAGCAUGACAAUGACCCAAAACACACGGCCAAGGCAACAAAGGAGUGGCUCAAGAAGAAACACAUUAAGGUCCUGGAGUGGCCUAGCCAGUCUCUCCUUAAUCCCAUAGAAAAUCUGUGGAGGGAGCUGAAGGUUCGAUAGGCCAAAUGUCAGCCUCGAAACCUUAAUGACUUGGAAAAGAUCUGCAAAGAGGAGUGGGACAAAAUCCCUCCUGAGAUGUGUGCAAACCUGGUGGCCAACUACAAGAAACGUCUGACCUCUGAUUGUCAACAAGGGUUUUGCCACCAAGUACUAAGUCAUUAUUGCAGAGGGGUCAAAUACUAAUUUCCCUCAUUAAAAUGAAAAUCAAUUUAUAACAUUUUUGACAUGUGUUUUUCUGGAUUUUUUUACUUGUUAUUCUGUCUCUCACUGUUCAAAUAAACCUACCAUUAAAAAUAUAGACUGAUAAUUUAUUUGUCAGUGGGCAAACAUACAAAAUCAGCAGGGGAUCAAAUACUUUUCCCCCUCACUGUAGGUGCACAGGUCAAGAGAAAUUUGAGUAUUCAAGGUGACAGACAUUGACACAUUCAAUACUGCCUUGUGCACACUUCCCUGCAUCUAGCCGAUCUAUGAUGUAAACAUUAGUCCAACAGUUGCAAACGAGAGUUUGUAUUGGACAAAUUCAUGAAUGUUUAUCCCCAUUUUGUUCCGUUUAAGAAAUGUUUUUUUAACAGAAUCGGCGGAAUGAAUACACCCCUGAUCACACCUUUUGUUUUAUAUGUAAUGUAAGUGCCUUUAUGUGUUGGGACCCCAGGAAGAGUAGCUGCUGCCUUGGCAACCGCUAAUGGGGAUCCCUAAUAAAUACAAAUACACACAAGCACAGUUCACUUUCAUAGGAGCAACAUACAAACAGCAUGAUCCCUUUGAUCGUUGUAUAAUUCCUUCUUGCAUCUAUGCGCUCUUCUCCUCUCACCUUUUCCCUUCACUUGUGGACUUCAGUGCACAACACAUCAGCUGUCUGUAAUCAGGAAGAAAAAAAAUCCAAACCGCUAACCGCUACACACCGUCUACAUCGUUAUCAUAUUAGCUAAUGUCAUAGUCAACAUAGCUACUAAAACCGAAGUGUUAGUAAACCCGCUACAAUCAUGCACCGUGUACAGUCAGCAAGCAGUUUAGCAGUUACGCUGGCCCCGGUGGCAAUAAAUGAAUAAAACCAAAAACUUACCUUGACUUGGAAGAGUUUCAGUGUUGGAUAGCCAGCUAGCAAACAUUGCACCCCUCUGUUUAAGCCGGGUGUUUGAAUAGGCUAAACUAGCUGCAUUCACUAGCUAAGUGAAAAAAAUACAAAUUAUAGGAAGCUCUCUCUCCCGCUUGCUUCCACUUAAUUUUUUAAUAAAUUAAUUUGUUCAAAGCUGUUCAAUUAUUGUAACUACUCACCACAUUUUAUGCACUGCAGUGCUAGCUAGCUGUAGUUAAUGCUUAAAGUACUAGAUUCAUUCUCUGAUCCUUUGAUUGGGUGGACAACAUGUCAACAUGCUGCAAGAGCUCUGAUAGGAUGGAGGACGUCCUCCGGAAGUUGUCAUAAUUACUGUAUAAGUCUAUGGAAGUGGUUGAAAACCACAAGCCUCCUAGGUUUUGUAUUGAAUUCGAUGUACCCAGAGCACUGACAGUGGUUCUGAACUUGAGCACAAUGCUGGACAAAAAGUUGCUCCCAUCACUCCUACUAAUUGGGUAACUUGCAAAUGCUUUGUUGUCUGAGUGAGGGAAAUGUUGUAAAUAAAGAGGACUCGAUGUGUUUUGAAAGAUGAGAUGUUGAGGAUGAUAAAUACCGCUUUGAUGUCAUAUAAGCAAGCCAAACACAGAUCCAAAUGUGCACUUCACUUUUCCAUAUCAUAAAACUCAUGAAACUUAGUGCUAACGUUUUUGAUAACUAUGUUUGAUGUACAGUUACAAGGCUGUAUCACAACCGGCCGUGAUUGGGAGUCCCAUAUUACGUUGCACAAUUGGCCCAGCAUCGUCCGGGUUUGGCCGGUGUAGGCCGUCAGUGUAAAUAAGAAUUUGUUCUGAUCUGACUUGCCUAGUUAAAUAAAGGUUCAAUUAAACAUUUGUGGGUGUUAGGAAUUUUAUGAAUAAAUUACUAAACAAUAUCCCCAUUUUAAAUAGAACUGUAACUAAGUAAACUUAUACUCUGUUUUAUUAUAUCUGAUUAACAAUAUGAAUUCAUAAGUGAGGGAUUGUGGAGCCUGAAACGGGGUAAUUACAUUAAAUAAAUACCAUUCCAGCCAGGUUGGAGAAGAUUGGAAGUGUUUUUUUUUUUUUGAGUAAGCAGAAAGGGUCAUAAACCUAUGGUUGAACCGACUCAACUUAGCUCUGGAAUGUUCAGAUAAGGCAGUGUGUGUUUUCUUAGGUUUUCCAUUAGCUGGAACUGUCUGCUGAAUGGUGAUGGAUGAAAACUUCAGAAGGUUUAUCUCGAAUCAACUUUUGAACUGUUGGGAGAAAGAAUAUUUUAUAACCUAUGACGUCAUAUUUUGUAUAUAAACUGUUGUUCGUGGUUACAUGGCAGCGCGCUCCGAGAAUAAAUACUAUUAUCUAUUUUUGAUAA